CUGGAAUUAUUUAAGAGUUUUUUUUCGAUCAUUUCGUUGGACUCCAACGUUGGAAACUUCAGCGUCAUUACAACCGGACUUUCGUAGGGCCACCUACGAGUGCCUUAAUCGAUUAAAGCCCAGCCAGGCUGUCCAGGGCGAAGGUUCUUUCGCGAAGUAGCUAAAAAAUUUGAAAAACUGCUUUACGAAUGUGAGCAAUUAGUUCGAAGGGAGGAAACGAUGCCGAAAUUGUGACUCGUUCGGUCGCUGCCCUGGCAGCGUUCGAAUCAAUCAAAACAUCUGUUUUUAUUUUAAAACGUUGACGGAAGGAGGUUGAAUAAUUGCGGGAUUUUCGGGGUCUCGAGUGAUGAAAAUUUACAAAAUAAACGAGGUACAACAACAGUUGGGGAUUUUGGCGUCUCGUGGCGAUAAGCCAGCGAAACGCCCGACCUCGUAGACACACAGGGCACGGAAAAGAUGGAGGAGGAUGACCCGAGCAUGGACGAGGUCACGGAAGGAAUUUUCUCGUCGAGCAAGUGCGAGCCAAAGAAGAAGGAGGAGAGCAAGCAGAAGAGCGGCUGCGGCUGCAAGUCCGGCUCCUCCAAGGGCAAGGGAGACGGCUCCUCGAAGGGAAAGAGUGGCAAGCACAGCAUCGUCCACUACAACCCGUUCAUAGUAUUUUACCUGAAAACUUACUGGAAGAAUCCGGGUGCGCGAGUCACCGUGAUCGCCAAAUGUGCCGCAAAAAUAUGGUGCAAAAUGUCCGAUCAGGAGCGAGCGGCGUACAUCAAAAUCGCGAGGGAGGAAAGCGCGAGGCGGGCGAAAUUGGGCAUAAAAACGAGACGACGAAAGAAGUGCUGAUUCGAUUUGGAUUUCUUCCGACGCGCCUUUUUUUCGUCAGGUUUUAUCCACAUUUUUCUACGAAAGAUUUUUCAUGCGGCCAAGCGCACACGCGGAGAUGCUUUUUAAACGGUUUUUUUUUGUGACAAUAAAAAUGUUUGUUUUUGUGACGAUUAUUAGCGACGCUGGAGAUGCAUUUGUAAAAUUUUACCCAACGGACACAGAAAUUCAAUAAAUUCGAGUGCAUUUCUUGCUAAA